AUGCCCGAAGUUGUUAUUACUAAUGAUGAUGAAACUAUAUCUUUGAAUAAAAAUAUUGAUAAAUCAGAUUCUUUGACUAUUGAUGAUAGUUUUCAAAGCAAUUCUACAGCUAAUCAUAACCAUUACCAAGAAAUAGGAGGUGGAAGUGGUACAAACAAGCGCACCGAUCUAGAUUCUUUAAAUGAUGAUUUGUUAAGUGUGCAUGGCAAUGGUUUAGCUUCACCAGUUUUCCUGAAACCUUCAUCAAUAUCAAAUUUCAAUGGCAGAUCACCUAGUAUAGAUUCAAUGUCCAGAAGAAGUUUUGACACUUCUUCCCUGUUUACUCCAAGAGGAAGUAUAGAUAACAUGCGAACAUCCUUUACAUUUGGUAGCCCCGAAAGAGGCAAUGAUAAUGGGAACAACAGCACUGCUAAGAAAAUGUUUUUGCUCAAACAACAACUAAAACAACAUAGUGGGAGUGUCGUAUAUUCUCCAUUGGGAAAUAACUCAAUUUAUGAAGUCGUUAUGAACACGAGAAGAAAAAAUUGGCUAAGACCAGCCACAGUGGAGGAUAUACCACCAGUUAGAUUAAGCAAGGAGGCUUUUUUACAUGAUUCCUCCAAUUGGAAACCGCUGUUAAAAGAAUAUUUGAAUUUGAUAUCUAAUGAUUACAACCGCUUUAGUUCUUUGAUAAAUCACAAAGAUGAUGCGGUGAAUGAUAAGAACAUGGACAUCAUUGAAGGUGAUGCAGAAGAUGUUAUUGACAAAAUACCAGACAUUUUUUUUGACAAGAAUUUUAAACUAGACAAUCAGCGUAUAUUAAAUAGAAUUUGUAAUUUUAAAUUUGAUUCAAAUUAUGAGGAGCAGUUGUGCACAGUUGGGUCACAAUUAAAUGAGUACUUAGAUAUUGUGGAAAAUAGAUUAAUUGCCGAAAUUAAUGAUCAUUCACAUCAGUUUUUCAAAGUAUUGGAAGAUGUUUCAGACGUUAAAAAAGAUGUUAUCUCCUUAAAAGCUGAUUUUGUUGCAUUAUCUAACAAUUUGCAAAAAAUGAAACAAGACAAAAUUGAUUUCAAGAUUGGAAAUCUAGAAAAACAAAUCAAAUACACUAACGUUGCUAAAUUGGAGCAUGGGCUAUUGAAAGUCCGUGAAACAUUGAACAUGAUUGAGUCAUUGCAACUUGAAUAUAAUAAAGACGAUUCAAAUACGAAUUUACACAACUGUUUAGAUAAGAUUGAUGAAAUUGAAACUUACAUUAAAAGUAGUGGACUAAAUAUAGGUAAAUUACCUGGGUUAUCUAAAUCAAGAGAACUUUUAUCUGCUAUGAGAAUAGAAAUAGGCGGCAAAUAUUCGGUUAAAUUUUGUAAUUUAUUAAUGAAGGAUUUAGACCAAUUCAGCGAAAAGAUAGCACGUGAAAAUGGUGAAAAUUCUCAGUUUUUGGUAAAGAAUUUAACAAAACAAAGUAAUUUUAAUGAGUUUGACGAUGAUUUAAAGAACAACAUCAAAGAUAUAGUUAAACAGUUAAACAGAUGUGAAGAGUUAACGACAUCUUACCAAUUAUACCAAGACAAAAUUUUGAAUAAAGUGAAAGAUUGCAUUAAAUCAGAAUUAUACGCGGCCUCUAAAAAACAAGAAGAUGAAACAAAUAGUAUUAACAAUAAUGAUACACAGCCUCCAAAAUUAUCUGUUUUGAUUAGAGAUCAAACACCAAAUGAAUUUCAACAGAUGUUGGAAACUAUUUUCGCAAAUGCUUUUAAAUGUUUCACUAGACUGUACGGUCAACAAAAGCUGCUAUUAGAUAUUGGAAUUAACGAAACUUUUAAUUAUGCUGCCAAUUGUAGUAAUAAAAACGGCUCUGUUGAGCAGGAAAACCAACACAAUAUGAUUAUGCAAUUGGAUAUAAGAAAUGGUAUCAGCGAGUCCAUACGCAUCGUUCAGUUAAGAAUGGCCAAGAUUAUAACAGUUAGAAGGGAUCUUAACUUAAAAUUAAGAUUUGACCAUUUUUUAAAAUUGUACAAUAUAAUUGCGUUAUUUAUUAAACAAUGCGAGACUUUAAGUGGGGACGUUUUAACGUCUAACUUAAACGAUGUUUUAAAUCAACAGGCAUCGAAUUACUGCAAUUAUUUACCAACAUAUUAUAUUAAGCAUAUUCAAUUAAAAAUAAAUAAGGAGAAUUGGGUACCAUUCAUUGUUACACCAGAAACCCAAACCGAUGUUAAUGAUAUCGUAUCUUCUGCAGACAUCAAUCCGUUGCACUGGCUAGAUUAUGGCAAGUUGGGAAAUGAACCAAAAGAGUAUGAACAAACACAACAAGAUGAUAAUAAUAACGGCCAUAAAAAAUCUGUUGUGGUUCAUGAUAAGACUUUUGUGGCCAGUAGUUCUUUAUUGGAAACUCUGGAGUAUAUUAAAUCGGCGUUAAUUUUAUCCCUAAAUUUACCAUCUAAAAAUUUACAUCUAUUAGAAAAAGCUUGUAUUGACCUAUUAAAAUUCUAUAAUUCUCAUACAGUGGCUUCUAUAACUACCAAAGACCCUAAUAGUGGAGAACUGCAUUUGAAAUUCGGAAAGAAUUUUAGUAUAUUAGCCGAAUCGUUGGAGUGCUUGAAGGAAAUUGUAAUUAUUUUAAAAAAAACCUUUCAAAGAUUAAAUGACGAAAAAAAAACCGGCACUUCUACUCAUACUAAUCAUUUUUCAAUGUUGCCAAGUAAAGUUUAUAAUGAUUUGAUAGACCAAUACGAAAAGUCCUCCCAAUUAAUAUUGCAUUCAAACAUUCCGCCACCAUUAGAGUGA